AUGUAUGCCAUAAAGCGAGCAGAGAAACAAGAGGCGAGCGAGAAUAUCAUGUACGGUCUGGACAAAUGUUCUCAAGAGGAAAUUGAGCAUGCGGCACGUCUCGCCAACAUUCAUGAUUUUAUCAAUAGCCUUCCUGAGCAAAAGGUGCACUGUUGUCGGGCGGUCAAAAGCAGCGGAUCGCCAUCGCUCGUGCUAUUGUCAGAGAUCCGAAGAUAUUUACUCCUCGAUGAAGCCACCAGUGCUCUGGAUACAGAGAGUGAAAAGGUUGUGCAAGAAGCAUUGGAUCGAGCACGACUAGGAAGGACUUGCCUAGUGAUAGCUCAUCGGUUAUCAACCAUACAG